GGGUGGGCGAGGCCGGGCAAAGGUUGGGGAGGGGGCGAGGGCGCAGCAGAAGGAGGUCAACGGGGCAGUUCCUCGGUUUCCCGGGAGCGACUCCAUGCCGCAGCAUUACCCGCGUGGCCUCCACUCGCCCCGGGCGCGGUAGCCAUGGCCACGGUGGCGGUGCUCCGGAACGACCCUCUGCAAGCGUUUCUGCAGGAUCGCACGCCCAGCGCCUCCCCGGAUUUGGCCAAGCAUUCUCCGCUGGCUCUGCUGGCCGCCACCUGCAGCCGGAUCGGGCAGCCGGGCGCCCCGUCGGACUUCCUGCAGGUCUCCUACGAGCCGAGCCUGGGGUCGCCGUCCAGGAUCUUCCACCCGUGGAGCGGCGAGAUGCCGGCGCACUCCCCAGGGGGCCCACCGGCCUUGGGCCUCACCCCGCAGCCCGCCUUCGGGGCCGCCCACGAGCUGCCGCUCACGCCGCCCGCAGACCCGUCGUCGUACCCCUACGAGUUCUCGCCCGUCAAGAGGAUGCCCCCGCCGCCCUCCAUGGGCGCGCUGCCCUCGGGCUGCCCGCCGCCGCCUUACGUGCCCUACGCCGCCCAAGCGGCGCUGCCCCCGGGCUACUGCAACCUGCUGCCCCCGCCGCCCGCGCCCCAGCCCUGCCGGCAGCUCUCGCCCGCCACGCCGGCCCCCGACGACCUGCCCUGGUGGAGCCUCCAGCAGGCGCCGCCGGGAGCCCCCCGCUUCGCCCCCGGCGGCCUGCAGCGCGGCCUGGUGUUGGCGCCGUCGGAUCUGGCGCAGUACCAGUCGCAGCUGGCCGCCCUGCUGCACCCCAAGGCGCCCUUGGCGGCCACGGCCAGGAGGUGCCGCCGCUGCCGCUGCCCCAACUGCCAGGCGGCCCCCGACGGCGCGGCCGAGCCGGGCAAGAAGAAGCAGCACGUGUGCCACCUGCCCGGCUGCGGCAAGGUGUACGGCAAGACGUCGCACCUGAAGGCGCACCUGCGCUGGCACACGGGCGAGCGGCCCUUCGUGUGCAGCUGGCUCUUCUGCGGCAAGAGCUUCACGCGCUCCGACGAGCUGCAGCGGCACCUGCGGACUCACACCGGCGAGAAGCGCUUCGGCUGCGGCGAGUGCGGGAAGCGCUUCAUGCGCAGCGACCACCUGGCCAAGCACGUCAAGACCCACCAGAACAAGCGGCUCAAGGCCGGAGGGGGGGCCCUGCCGGGCAGCCACGGCCACGCCUGCGCCGUCAAGAGGGAGCAGGAGGAGGGGACGGCGCGGGGCAUGUGACCUCCCCGUCGGAUGGGUGGCCCUCCUCCGACCUCCGCGUGGCCCUUCGCCUUGGAAACACCCUCCUUCCCAUAAUGCCCCACUGGAAUCUGCAGGGACAGAUGGGCAGAAGGAUGCAAGGGGAUCCCUAUUUG